AUGUUUUACACUGUCCUGACUCACGGAUGUGAUUUAACUGUAGCCAUGGCGACCGUUACCAAGCAACAAGGUCAGAGGUUUGUGCGUUUUUUCGGAAGCCUUGGUGUUGGGUUCAGCCUGGUUACGGUUUACGUUGGUAUGAACUACGUUCCCAUUGAUGUGCCUGACUUGAGCAACGUGUCUGAUCGAAUGGUGUUUGCCUGCCGAUGGCUCGUGUUGUCUCUUUUGCCACUGUUAUGUUGCGUCUUCAUCGUGGCAAGCACUCGGUUUGCCAACAUUCAGACGGCGGGUAUCAACCCGUCUCUCCCAAGAUCUGAACAAAUCGUCGGAAUGAAACAACGUGUCCUUCAGAACACCUUGGAACAAACGGUGCUUCAUGUGGCAGCUGUAUUGGCUCUGAGCACCUACCUAGAGGGCACCAGCCUCAAACUCGUCCCGAUCUCCGUUUUCUUGUUCCUCUGUGGGCGAGUCACAUUCUACGUUGGCUAUCUAGCAACUGAUUAUACACUGUAUCGCGCAUUUGGCUUUUCUACCACGUUUUUUAACAAUAUCAUGGUCAUUGGUUAUUGUUUGUAUUGUCUGUUUACUGGUGGGGCUAGUGUGGGGUUUCUGUAAUCGACGCAAUCGCGUUUGUAUCAUCAUUGUCGACAUUUUAAAGUCUAGAUGCAAAUUAUCGCAAAACGAUACCAAUUAUACAUUUUAAAAAGGCAAGGAAAUGCAAUUUUAAUCAAUUUCAAAACGAAUCAAAGUUUGCAUGACAUCAUGGUGAUGAUGUUUACAAAAUGAACAUAAUUCGAAACUGAAAAGUCAAACGUGUCACUUAUUUUAGUUUUACCUUUUAUUUGCAGUUAUGACAUCAUUUAAUCUGAGCUUUGAAUAUUACACAUAAUUAUCGAAAAAUUGUUGCAUUUUGGCUGCGACUUUGGAGGAAAUAAAUCCUGUCGCUGAAAACAUAAUUUACUUUGAACCAAAUUAAACGCAGAUACAUUUGCAAAUACAAGACGAUUUUGUUUUGGGCGUUUUGUGCUAUUUUGCUUGUACAUUGCAGCACAAAAAUGGUUCCAAUGACCGAUGAAGUUGAAUAAACUGAGUGACAAGAACCAA